AUGGGUCUCGGAACGUGGGCGUGGGGAAAUAAGUUCUUGUGGGGGUACGACAAGGCGAUGGACGAGGAGCUUAAGGAGGUAUUUGACCUGGUCGUGUCGCGCGGGAUUAAUAUCUUCGACACGGCUGACUCCUACGGAACUGGAGCGCUUAGUGGCCGUAGCGAGCAGCUACUGGGCCAGUUCAUUAAAGAGUACCCCGGCAGUGACAAGUACCGCAAUGACAUCCGCAUUGCCACCAAGCUGGCCGCGUAUCCCUGGCGCCUCACCCCUGCACAGAUGGUGGGCGCCUGCAGAGCGUCACUGGAUCGCCUGGGCUUGGAGAAGCUCGCGAUUGGUCAGCUGCACUGGUCUGCUGCCAACUAUGCUCCGUUGCAGGAGAGGGUGCUGUGGGAUGGACUCGUCGCCAUGUACGAGGAGGGUCUGGUGGAGUGUGUGGGGGUGAGCAACUACGGGCCGCAGCAACUCGAGCGAAUCUACACAUACCUGCAGGAACGGGGAGUGCCCCUAGCUUCGGCACAGGUGCAAUUCUCCCUCUUGAGCUCGGGUGAAGAGCAGGAAGAUCUGCUGUCCUUCUGUGAGGCCAAUGGCAUCCGCGUUAUAGCAUACUCCCCUCUCGCUCUCGGCGUGCUCUCGGGGAAAUACAGUGCUGACAACCUGCCGCAAGGCCCAAGGUGGCUAUCAACUGGUGCAUGGCCAAGGGGACUGUCCCCAUCCCAGGAGCCAAGACCGUGGAGCAAGCAAAGGAGAAUCUGGGAGCGCUUGGCUGGCGGCUGUCGUCCAAUGAGGUCGCAGCUUUGGAUGACGCCGCUGCUGAGGUGCCACGGCCAAUGA